AUACAUAGCUUUAUGUUAGUGACAGGCAGCCCACUCGUCGCUUGUGAUUCACAGCUAACGUUAGCCCUGGUCGGGCCCUUGUGUGACAGCUCGGUGCGUGACCCUUUCACUUGCACAGGACGUACUAUGGCGGCCGCGGAUCCCCGGUCCUCGAGUGACGGCGGACCGGCCAGCAGAGGAGGAAUCCCGGGCGGGGAGAGCAGCAAAGAUCGCGAUGGACCGGGCGGCAGCAACGGGGAAGGCGAACGGGAGCGAGCCACCUUCGAGUGCAACAUUUGUUUGGACACUGCCAGGGACGCUGUCAUCAGUAUGUGCGGACACCUCUUCUGCUGGCCCUGUCUCCAUCAAUGGUUGGAGACGAGGCCCAGCAGACAACAGUGUCCUGUGUGUAAAGCUGGCAUCAGCAGAGACAAAGUCAUCCCAUUAUAUGGACGAGGGAGCUCCAGUCAAGAGGACCCACGGUUGAAAAGUCCCCCACGGCCUCAGGGACAGAGAACAGAACCAGAAAGCAGAGGCGGCAUGUUCCAGGGCUUCAGCGACACUGGUUUUCACAUGUCGUUCGGCAUCGGCGCCUUCCCCUUCAGCUUUUUCACCACCGUCUUCAACACCAACGACCCCUUUCACCGCGCAGAUCAAUACGUGGGCGAUCCCCAAGGCAACCUCAACAACGGGAAUUACAACUGGCAGGAUUCCCUUUUCCUGUUCGUGGCCAUUUUCUUUUUCUUCUGGCUGCUGAGCGUGUGACGAAGAGGACGAACGGCGAGAGAGAAUGCGAGGCGGCACCCUGAUUGGGGAGGCAAUGGGUGGGGUCGGGGGGGAGGGGCGGGGGGUGGAUAAACAAAAAAACCACACACACUUUUUAACCAGAGCCACAGAUACACACUCGGAUGCUAACCUCAGCACUCGCCUGACACACAAACGAGGGGCGCUAAAGUGUAAUCGGCUUGACUGUAGGAGUAAUCCGUCUGCUUUUAGGGGAGAAGAGACAGUAUUACGUGGCUUAUUCCAGCGAACGUCCUUACAGGGACACGGGGAAGAGUUGUGGAAAGUGAAAACAGAGAAACAUUGAUGGUUACCAUAGCAACGGAUUUCUUGCCUCGACGGGACCAAACAAAAAAUAGAUUUGUGUUAUUUCCCCUGAAGGAAGCUACUAUUUGUCUUAACUGCCAGUACACUGUGAAGUUAUUUAAAACUGUCAUCUGCCAGGCACCAGAGCGAUCCCAAAAAAACCCGAAUAACAAUCUGCAGGCUAAUUGAACCAUAUUGGGAACUAGUAAUCUAUGCCACUUUUCAGUGAACUGCAAUGUAAAAUGUAAUAUAAAUCACACCUGAGUGAUGCAUUUGUAUAUAAUACAAUCUGUAAUAUACUUGUUUUUAUGUCUUUUGGAAUUCAUUAGUAGCACAGAGAUGCGUUUCUUUUUUUUAAUUUUGUUUUUUUUUAAGUUUUGCCUUUAGCCAGUGGUGUCUUCCAGAAAACAUGCACAGUACUCAUCUUGUGUCCCGUUAAACUGGCCGUGUCCAAAGUGCGGCCCGGGCGCCUGCAGCUCACCCCCUUCAGAACGUUACUCUGAAAAGAGAAAAGAAAAAGUAACGUAAGCCAUGAAUUUUCAAAUGUACAAAAAAAAAUUGGAAUUUGAUUAUUUAAGAUGCGAAAUGUGCUUAUUCUAUUUCGGAAUUUAAGUAUAUAACAUUUUUAGUUAUAGACAUGUUUUGGAUAAGUCUGUUUCCUCAUUGAGAGUGUUCCAUUUUGGAAAAAGUUUGGAUGAUACCAGGGUAUCUUUAGGAUGUCAUCAUUGAGGGCAUACUUGUCUGAUUGUUUGGUAUGUUGGCUAAUGUGACACUACACCUGGACACAUUGUGCAGACAAUAAUGUCUUCAAAUAUUAAAAUUGUUUAAAGCAUC